AUGUACCUACGAUGUUUUAUUGUUCGAAAAGCAGGAGAGCCUGGUGGGCAGCCUGGUGUUGUAUUUUCCAUGGCAGAAGAAACCGUGACGCUGACGAUGACCAACAUUUUGUUUCACAUCAUUAAAAUAAACCUUCCCCUGACAUCAGAAGAGAAGUCCCUGCCUCGACCACAACGAAGUGAAGUUUUGCAGCUUCUUAGUGCUGCGAUUCCGGAUUUCAAAGGAUAUUCAGUGUACAUAUCAACCUGGAAUGAUUUUUGUCCCCGCUUUUGUACAAGGAUGUUGAAAGUACGACUAGCGCAUGUCCUAACCGUGAAUCCGUACACCUAUGGUCUCUGUCUCUUGAACUACACCAAGGUGCAUUUAAAGUGA